AUGAUCCCUCACCUCCCCCAUACCUCCGCCUCCCCUCACCCACCCAUUCUCCCGCUUUUUCCCCCGCCUACCUUCCCCGCCUCCCCCCGCGAAUCCCCCCUCUCCCCCCCAGCCGAACGAGCCGGAAUAUAUCUUAGUGACAAGGAAGCUCAGCUUUUCCUCACCUCCUUCCACCCUCUUUCCACCCUCCUUCCACCCUCCUUCCACCCUCUUUCCACCCUCCUUCCACCCUCCUUCCACCCUCUUUCCACCCUCCUUCCACCCUCCUUCCACCCUCUUUCCACCCUCCUUCCACCCUCCUUCCACCCUCUUUCCACCCUCCUUCCACCCUCCUUCCACCCUCUUUCCACCCUCGUUCCACCCUCCUUCCGCCCACCCAUCCGUUUCUCCCCCACUUGUCCCCCUUCUCACCCCUCCGCUCCCACUCGCCUCUUUCCCCCUUCCUCCCCCGUUCCCUCCCCCCAGGUGAGCGAGCCAGAGGGCAUCCGUGCAAUAGAAGUCGAUCUCCUCUUCCCAUCCCCUCUUCCCAUCUCCUCUUCCCAUCUCCUCUUCCCAUCUCCUCUUCCCAUCUCCUCUUCCCAUCCCCUCUUCCCAUCCUCCAUCCUUUUCCCACCCACCCAUCCCCUUCGUCUUUUCCCCUCUCACAUCCCCUACCCCCUACAUACGCCUGUUCCCUUCCCUCCCCCCUCCUUCCCCCCUCCCCCCCUCCUCCCAGGUGAGCGAGCCAGAGGACAUGCUAACAGCGAAGAAGCUCAUGCCCCCCCUCUUCCUCCAUCCUUUCCCCACCCUCCGCUCCCCCGCCUGCCCCCUUCCCUCUCUCCCCCUCCCCCCCCACCCUCUCCCCCCCAGGUGAGCGAGCCAGAGGACAUCCUGGCAGCCAAGAAGCUCAUCUUCCCAUUCCCCUCCUUCACCGUCCGCUCACCCCUCUCAUCCCCCACCUUCUCCGCCUUCCUACCCCCUCCCCUCCACCAGGUGAGCGAGCCAGAGGACAUCCUGGCAGCCAAGAAGCUCAUCUUCCCGGGCGUGGGCGCGUUCAGGGCGGCCAUGGACGUGCUGAACGAGAGAGGCCUGGCAGACGCCAUCCGCCAGUACGUGGCGUUGGACCGCCCCUUCCUGGGCAUUUGCCUGGGCCUGCAGCUGCUCUUCGACGGCAGCCAGGAGUUUGGCGAUGUGGAGGGAUUGGGCAUCAUCCCAGGCACUGUGUCCCGAUUCGAUGCAUCCAAGGGGCUCACUGUGCCGCAGAUCGGGUGGAACGGGCUGCAGAUCGUGCAAUCCGAGCCGUCCAUUCUGGAUGGCGUGAAUGGGCGCCACGUGUACUUUGUGCACUCGUACCGAGCCACUCAGACCCCUGACAACAGCGAGUGGGUGCUGGCGACGGCCAACUAUGGCGAGCCGUACGUGGCGGCAGUGAGGAAGGGCAACGUGCAGGCCGUGCAAUUCCACCCAGAGAAGUCGGGCGUGGUGGGCUUGGACAUCCUGCGUCGCUUCCUCGGCCCCAACAGGAGCCAGCAGGCCAACGAGGUGGAGGAAGCAUGCAGCAAGCCCCUGAGGGGCCCUCGAGCAACACAGCUGGCGAAGCGCGUGAUCGCGUGCUUGGAUGUGCGCGCUAACGACCGGGGGGACCUGGUGGUUACCAAGGGCGACCAGUAUGACGUGCGGGAGCAGGGCGAUGAGAGGGAGGUGCGCAACCUGGGCAAGCCAGUGGAGCUGGCAGCACGGUAUUUCAAGGAGGGCGCGGACGAGGUGGCGUUUCUCAACAUCACGGGCUUCAGGGACUUCCCCCUGGGGGAUCUGCCCAUGCUCGAGGUGAUGAAGCGCGCAUCAGAGAGGGUGUUUGUGCCGCUCACGGUGGGGGGCGGCAUCAGAGACUUCACAGACGGCAAUGGCAGGCCGUACUCAGCGUUGGAGGUGGCGGCGGAGUAUUUCCGGUCAGGGGCGGACAAGGUGUCCAUCGGCAGUGAGGCGGUGUUUGCAGCGGAGGAGCUGCUUGCCUCGGGGGAGAAGACAGGCAAGACGGGGAUAGAGCAGAUCUCCUACGUGUAUGGCAACCAGGCGGUGGUGGUGAGCAUAGAUCCCAAGAGGGUGUACGUGGCCUCGCCAGACGACGUGCCUUUCAAAUGCGUCAAGGCAUCAACGCCAGGCCCCAACGGGGAGGAGUACGCAUGGUAUCAGUGCACGGUGAGCGGAGGCAGGGAGGGGCGGCCCAUAGGGGCGUUCGAGCUGGCCCAGGCUGUGGAGCAGCUGGGGGCGGGGGAGAUUCUGCUCAACUGCAUCGACUGCGAUGGCCAGGGCCAGGGAUUCGACUUGGAUCUGGUGGAGUUGGUCUCCUCUGCUGUGAGCAUCCCCGUCAUCGCCAGCAGCGGGGCGGGCAUCCCAGAGCACUUCUCCCAGGUCUUUGCGCACACUGGCGCCUCCGCGGCGCUGGCUGCCGGCAUCUUCCACCGCAACGAGGUGACAAUAGAGUCGGUGAAGACCCAUCUGGCAGAGGAGGGUGUGGAGACUCGCCUGCUGUGA